GGAGAAGCGGCACGCACGACCCAUCGCAGGCAGCAGCAGAGAGCACCACCCAUCACAGCACAUCUUUCUCCCAGCUGGACCCACCAGUCACUCAAGAGAGCGGGCCGCCCCAAGUGUCCUUGUGGUUGGAUUCCUGCUGCGCUCGAAACAGCCGUCCGUCGUCGCCAAGCCGUUGCUGCGGGAGGGGGUUUCAGUACUCCGCAGAUAGUCGCAGCAGCGGCGGCGAUGGCCGCUAGUAUCGUCGCACACUCUCCGGCGCAGUCGCACACCGUCACUCGCCUCGCCGCAUUGCGUUCGCCGACCAGCGUGCGCGAAUGCCAACUCAGGAGCGGCGUUCCCGCGCUGAAUGCCCGGCGGUGGACGCGCGCCGUGCGGCGAUGCCAGCCGUGGCUGCUGCCGGCACGUCGAGGGUACAUCGGCACCCGCGCAAGUGUUGAGCAGCGCGACGUGGCAGCCGCGUCAACACCCGCUGCUGCAUGCCCCCCGGCGUUCUCUAAGGACGGCUUCGAGCAGCUGCUGCUGGACCUGCAGACCGCCAUCUGUGAUGAGUCAGCAGCGCGGGACGGCAGUGGGGAAGUCUUUAUCGAGGACAGGUGGGAGCGCGACCCCAGCGACCCGUCAGCGGGGUACGGCAUCACGCGCGUGCUGGAGGGCGGGCGCGUGCUGGAGAAGGCCGCUGCGAACGUGUCGAUUGUGCGGGGCCAGCUGUCAGAGGCACGCGCCAAGGCCAUGAGUGCGAGGCAGGGUCGCCAACUGGCACCUGGGACGCCCUACUUCGCGGGUGCGCUGUCGCUGGUGUUCCACUCCGCGCACCCCCUCAUCCCCACCUUCCGCUCCGACAUCCGCUACUUGGAGGUGGACGGGCAGAAUGGCUGGUUUGGUGGUGGCGCUGACCUCACCCCCUCAUACCUCUUCCCCUCGGACAUCUCUGAGUUCCAUGCCGUCUACCGCACCCUGUGCCAGCGCUACCACCCGGCGCUGUACCCCGCGGCAAAGGCGCUUUGCGAUAAGUACUUCUACCUGCCGGCACGCAAAGAGCACCGAGGGGUGGGCGGCAUCUUCUUCGACGACCUCGACUGCAUCCCCCCGCCCGAUGCUCCGCUUAGCUUUGGGGCUGCUGCUGCCAAUGCUGCUGGUGCUGCUGGUGCGGCCGGUGCUGCCGGUGCGACCGGUGCUGCCGGUGCUGCCGGUGCUGCAGCGGACGAGGCGGGGUUUGAGCGCGCGUACGGCUUCACGAUGGACGUGGCGCGCGGCUUCAUGGGCAGCUUCUGGCCCAUUGUGGAGCGCCGGAGGGGCUCGCAGUACAGCGAGGCGCAGCGGCAGUGGCAGUUGUUGCGGCGCGGGCGGUACCUGGAGUUCAACCUGCUGUAUGACCGCGGGGUGAAGUUCGGCAUGGACGGCAACGGGCGCGUGGAGUCGAUCAUGGUCUCGGCCCCACCUCUCAUCGCGUGGCGCUACAACGUGCAGCCAGAGCCAGACUCGCCAGAGGCAGAGCUUGUUGAAGUACUCAAAGCCCCUCGUGACUGGACUUGAUACUCUGGGAUUGGUUUCCUCUGUCACUGGCAUUUCUACUCACCACCAAUACCAACCAACGGCUCAUCUGUUAUUUCUGUUGAGAAAGAGCGCUGCUUCCGGGAUGAUUUCAGAGUAGAGCUACCAGUACAUCACCAGCGGCUUUUCUGCACUUGAGUUGUAACUAUUCCAGCUCAACUCCAGUCCAGGGAUAAGGAUGGAUUCCUACAGAGUACCGGUAGGAUCCCAUGUGUGUGGUAUAGUGCAGUGCAAUUGUUGAGAAUGCGCAAUCACUGCGGUUCGGUUCGGUAGUGCGGGAGACUGGAU